AUGUCGAUUGAAGCUUUGAAGUCACCCACGGCGGCGGCGCUACCACCGCUUGAAGAGAUUGAUGAUUCGCAUAAUUUGGAUUCAUGGGCUAAAGGAAAACGAUCGAAACGACCACGUAUUGAAAAUCCACCAACUCCAGAUCAGUAUUUAGCACUCUGUUUACUCAUGCUCGCUAACGACGACGGUACCGGAUUUGGGAAAGGAAAAGGAACCGGUUCGAUUGGUGUUGUUAUUGAACAACAGCAGGAGAAAAAGUUGUUGAAGCCGGUCUUUAUUAAAGAGAAAACAGAGCAAUUAUUCAAGUGUAGCGAGUGUCCUAAAGUUUUUACUUCUUAUCAAGCACUUGGUGGGCAUAAAGCAAGUCACCGUAAAAUUAACGUUCCUGCCACCGGAAACGAUGAUAACAAUCCGUCGACGUCUACUUCCACAAGCGGUAAUAUCUCUGCUCUGAAUCCGAGUGGCCGUUCUCACGUGUGCUCUGUUUGUCAAAAGGCUUUUCCAACUGGACAGGCUUUGGGUGGACACAAGCGCCGCCACUACGAAGGUAAACUCGGUGGUAACAAUCGUUAUAUAAGCGGAGAAGGCCUUCAGAGUGGAAGCGUUGUGACUACAUCAGACGGCGGCGGCGCGUCGACUCCGAUUGCGCGUGACUUUGACCUAAACAUGCCUGCCUCGCCGGGAUGCCAAUUGGAUCUGACCAUUGACUGUGGAGGUAGAAGUCAACAUCCGAUUGAACAAGAAGUAGAAAGUCCUAUGCCUGCUAAGAAGCCGCGUUUAUUUUUCGAUUGA